UGUUUGUGUGAGUUGGGGAGAGUUGGAGACUAAAUCCAAAAGGCAACUGAGACAACAAGACAAAGAGCAGGGGAAGGAGCUGGAAGGAGUUUGUGGGAAAUUAUUGAGCAUAAAGCAAAGAAUUUCAAGGAUUUGCCACUGAGUUAUGAAGCUUGAUUGACAGGACAACAAACUAGUCCACCUGUUUUGCACUGGGGAUUAUUGUUGGAAGACUAAUCUCUGGAUAUGACUUCAAAUGGACCUUAUUUCACUUUGAAAUGACGCACUGGACAACUUGGUGAUUGAAGACUGAAGAAAAGGAAAACCAGGACUUCUGAAGACAUAAACUACAGCUUUGAGUAAGACCUGGGUCACAUUUGUGAUUCUAUAAAUUACAGAAAACAUACUCUAUAUGCAUGAUAGAGACAUUAGAGGAAAUAAGCGGGAAUCAAAAAGACAUCUUAUUUCAAGGUCUUCUUCUAUUACAAGCUCCUUUACAAACGCCUGCUCAAAAGUGUAUAAAUGUAACCCCAUGACACCACUGUAAUUACAAGGCAAGCUUAAGGAAGAAUUACAGACAUUUGUAAUUAAGGAUCUUUUGAAAAAAAGCCACCAAGAAAAGGGUGAGGUCUAUGUCCUAAAAGAGAGGCCCACCAGGACACCAACACUGCGAACGAGACGUCAAGAGCCUCGACAAGAGUAACAGCUGCCUUCAUAAGACAACAAAAACCAUGGAUGCCCAUGGAGGACACUACCUCAACAAAGACGCUGUGCUGUCACCUUUAGGGGCAGCUCGAAUGUGCCAGCUGCUCCUUGGCUGCACAAUAAUGGCCCUUGUGUCCCACAGUGCAGGCUACAGCGCCAACUAUGGAACCUUCUGCAUGUUUGUGUGGUGCUUCUGCUUCGCUGUCACGCUGCUUGUGUUCACCUUGGAUAUUACCCGGCUCCACACAUGCAUGCCCAUUUCUUGGGAUAACUUCACUGUGGCUUUUGCCAUGUUGGCAACACUCAUGUACAUCACAGCCUCUGUGGUCUACCCAGUUUAUUUCCUCCAAUCAGAGUGUCCAGAUGAGGACUGUGAGGUCCAAAUGUACCGCAUUGCUGUCACCGUCUGCUCCAGCGUGUGCUGCUUCCCUUAUGGUGCUGAGGUGUUCUUAACCCGAGCCAAACCAGGAGCUGUGGUUGGCUACAUGGCUACAGUGUCUGGCCUACUCAAGGUGGUGCAGGCUUUUGUGGCCUGCAUUAUUUUUGGUGCUCUGGCCAAUGACAGCGAGUACAACAACUACAUCGCCACUCAGUACUGCGUGGUGGUGUACAGCCUGUGCUUCUCUGUCACAGUCAUAGUGGUGGUACUGACUGUUUCUGGGAGGACUUCUGCCCUCCGGUUCCCCUUUGACCGGUUUGUGGUUGUCUACACCUUCUUUGCUAUGAUCCUCUACCUUAGCACUGCACUGAUCUGGCCCAUCUUCAGCUUCGACAGGAAGUAUGGCAACACAACUCGACCUGAGGACUGCCCACGAGGGGAAUGUCCCUGGGACAGCAAGCUAGUGAUAGCAGUGUUCACCAACGUCAACUGGAUCUUAUAUUUUGUUGAUCUUGUUUACUCCCAGAGGAUCCGCUUUGUUUCCAGCUCUGGUGCCUGAAAAAACCUUCAACCACUUAAGACUGAUGAGCCUCACAGACAAAUAAAGAAAGCUUGAGGCCUACAUUAACUGCUUUCUCUGUGAAGGACUCAGAUUCAUAGUGUGGUAUGCAUGUGUGCCAUCUUUUAUUAUCAGUAUUUGUCAUAAAUUGAGUCUGUAGCCAGUAAAAGUGCAGUCUCACCCCUUACUUCAAAGUUAGAGGCCUUACUCCAGUUCUGCAAUGACCUACCAGGGAGUCAGCCAGGUGCACUGAUGAUGAGCUGACCUCAGCAACUUUCUUCACAGAGCAUCCUGGGAACAUCCAUCUCAGCACCAAACACAUCUCUCUGCACCAAAUUCUUCCAGUGGUCACACAGGACAGAGCUAUAACUGGAAAAUGGAAUAAUAUAAGAAUAUCACAAGUUUUAUGUCUGUCUGACACAGAGGCUUUAUUUAAGAGAUCAUGUAUUACGUAUUUAAAGUGGAAGGAAAUUAUCUCAUAGAGAUCCAUAGCUAAUGCUAAGUCUGCAGUUUGCACUGAACAUAGCUUCAGGGUUUAAAUGUGUAGCCGUUUUUCUGCAUUUUUACUUUCCAUUUUGUAUCAUUCACCUGUGUGAGGCUUAAGUUCACAUUUAAAGGCUUUUUCUGCCAUUUACUGAAUGUCAAGUGAUGAUUUUUAAGUACAUUUUAUGACAACAGUAUUAAAUUCAUAACUUGGGUUGAGUAAAUUAAAGUGCUGUAAUCCUUUCCAACAAUUUUGGUGAAUCACAUUUUAAUAAAAU